AAUAAACUUCAUUUUUCAACUCUCCAAAAAACCUCACCACCACCAAUUCAGCCGUCACUCCAUUUUCUAGCCGCCGCCGCCGCCGCAGCAGCCGCCGCCACUGUCAUCGUCGAGGUUGCGCCUUUUCUUAUCUGAAAGUUUCAAGUGGUGGGAGGAGAGUUCUGGAUUGUUGGUGAUUGUAGUGGUUUUCUUGACAGUAGAGUAAAACAAAUCCAUUUCAGGGUUUUAGCUCCCCUGACUCUCCACAUUCCAUUGAAGAAGCCUCCGAGUCUUGAGUUUGGGGGAAAGAGAGGGACACCCAGUUGCGGAAACGACUAUGUCAUAUCACUCUGCUCAAUCUCAGUCAGAUGGGAACAAGGGUCUCGGCAAAACUCAGAAGAUCUUUGUGGCCAAAAAUCUAGAUAAAGAAGAAAAUCAGAAUCAAAUUCAAAAUCGAAACUCAGUAUCAAAAAAACCAAACCCAAGUUCGACAUUGUCUAAUUCUCUUAGGCAAUCGCUCUCACAGCAAUCCGAUGCCGCAGCUUCUGUGAGUAAGGUUCAGACCGGUGACAAAGGAGGUUCACGAUUGAGCGGAGCAUGCAGUGAUGGAAAGUUCGUUAAUUAUUUGCCCCAGGAUGAGGCUGUGGCAGCUGGGUUUGGUGCUGAUGAAGGUGGACUGGAUCCAGUUGAGUCUCAAAGAGUUGUAGAUCUUUUGAAUCGCGAGCUUUCUCGUUUGCUUAAGUUGAAUCCUAAAGAAUUUUGGAGGGAAGUGGCUAUGGACACUUCUUUGCAUGAUUUCCUGGAUAGCUUUUUACAGUUUAGGAGUAGAUGGUACGAUUUCCCUCACCAUGGAGCCAAGGGAACUGUUGCAGGGGUCAUUGUUGGAGAGUAUGAUUUAAGCCGCCGUGUAUUUAUGGUGUUAUAUCGCAUAUCAUCCAAUAGGGAUCCGGGGGCUCGUGCUGCUGACAGCCUCAGUCUAAAAGACCAUGGAGUUCUCUUGCAGGAAAAGAAGUUGCUUGACUUGCCUAUGUUGUUAGAUAUAUGUGCUGUAUAUGGUCAUGAAAAUGAAGAUUUGACCAUGGUUUUGGUCAGGAAUGCUUUAAGUGCUCAGCCUAUUAUUCAUGAAAAUUUGGCUUCAGUAGUGUCACAGUUUCUGAGCAUUACUCACACAAUGCAUCAACGUUGCAGCACAUCCCUUGAGGUUCUGUUCUCUUCGGGAAGUCAUGGAGAGCAUGGAUCUAGUCGUCUUCAUGUUGAUAUGCAGGAGGUGAUGGAUUUCAUUAAUGAUGCGAUUGUAUCAAUGGAUGCAUUUGUUAGUGCGUACAAACCAGCGGCUCUGUUCUUUUCAUUCCCUGUUGAAAUAAGUGACGGGAGUGAAGAAAUACUCUUCACUCUUGCAAAGUUGCACGAUUCAUUCCUUCCAUCUCUACAGCGUGGUUUCCAUGUGCUUUUAACAUCCAGAGAAGAUCAAACGAUGUCUAGUAUUGAUGUGGGUUUGAAACUGUUAGCAACGAGAAUAAUCAAGUUUGGAUGGAAAUUAUUGGACUUGUGCUAUUUGAGUGAUGAGGUGUUCGAAGAUGAUCUCCCCAUACCAGCUGCAACAAAAAUGUUCCCAGCCAAUAUAGAAGAUCCUGGUAUAAGGGCUGAUAUUUUAAUUCAAACUUUUAGAGAAAUCACCACAGUUUCAGUAUCCAAUCAAGAGAACCCGAGCAGAGAAACUUUUCUUCAACAUAUUGAAAAGAACUUCAAUAUAAUGAGCAAACUGGAGAAUCUACAAGAAAUUGGGUGGAUAUUCAUAGACAACGAGCAGCUUGAGCACUUGUCUGGGAUAUUCAUGUCCGCUAAGAAGGCCACAAUGAAGGAGCUCCCUACUAUGCAAAGCCCUGUUACAAGCACCAAAGUACAGAUGGAUGAGGAUGCUGCAAUUAUGGAGUCUAAAAUAAGUCAAAUAAAAGAUCUAUUCCCUGAUUAUGGUAAGGGAUUCUUGGCUGCCUGUCUUGAGGCUUACAACCAGAAUCCUGAAGAGGUGAUUCAGAGGGUUCUCGAGGGGACUCUUCACGAAGAUCUUCAAACCAUGGAUACUUCACUGGAGACGAUGCCUAUACCCAAGGCGGCUGCAGUCGUUAGCAAGAACGAUAAAGGGAAAGGAAAAUUGGUAGAAUCUGCACCAGUAUCGUCCUCCCCCAAUUUAACGCCUGGGGAAAGGGUGCAACAGUGUGGAUCUUCUUCCAUCUCAUCUUCAUCUACUCAUGGAAGGUUUGUUAGGAAGUCUAAUGCUAAUGUGCUUGAUUCUAGUACUCUUGACGAUAAAAACCUGAAGGAUUCAUUGAGAACGGCUGCUCUUAUAUCGCAAUAUGAAUACGACGAUGAGUACGAUGAUUCUUUCGAUGAUCUUGGUCUGAGUGUGGGAGAGUCAGGGUUGGAGGACAAUGAGAGUUUGAGGGACAAAAUUAGCUCCAAUGCGGGAAAACCUUGGCAAAAAGAGACCGAGGGCUCUUCCCAGAAUAUUUCUAAUUCGAAAUGGGGCUCGAGAAAGAAACCUCAGUACUAUGUGAAGGACGGUAAGAAUUACAGUUACAAAGUUGAAGGUUCGAUUGCAGUUGCAAAUGCUGGUGAAGCAUCGUUAAUUACUCAAGCCCAGGUAGAACUAAUCCAUGGCCUCGGCCGUGGUGGCAACCUUCCACUUGGUGCUGUGAAGAAGUUGAUGGAGACUUCUAACGACCAAGAUAAGCAGCAGCAGCAGCAACAACAACAUGAUGUUACUGAGACAGAAGGAAACAGAUUUGGGAAUUCUAGAGGAUGGGGACGGGGAAGGAGGGGAGGCGGCCGAGCCAAUGGGGAGGAGCAAGAGAAGAGGUUUGGGGUUUCGGAGGAUGAAGAAGGGAGAGAGAAUACAGGGAAUUUCAGGGGAAGAGGAAGGAGAGGAGGAGGUGGAGGAGGAGGGGGUGGAAGGAGCAACCAUUACCGUAAGGAUCGAGCCAAUGCAAAGCACUUUUCCGGACUAAGUGGUUAUUAGAGAGGACAACUUUCAGGCAUUUUGAUCUUUCCUCAGCUCUCUUUCAUGACUAAUUGUAGUUUUUGUCCAUCAUUGUAAAUUGGGAAGAUUUUUUGGUUUUUGUGUUUGUGGUAAAAUUUGGUUUAGAAGUUUUGAUAUAAAUGCAAAUAUAAAUUGCUUAAAGAAUUAUGAGAGUGGUAUUUAUUCUCUGUUCACCAAAAGAAAUGAAAGGUUUGGUUUUGUA